AUGGGGGAGGUAGACACGAAGGGGGUGGUGCUGCUGGACUUUUGGAUCUAUGAAUGCGGGACAAGGCUAUGGAAGCUCAAGCGUGAGGGACAGGCGGCGGCGGCCAAGGAGGUGUUCGUCGGGAACCUGAAGCUGUUGGAGGGCGAGCUGGGAGACAAGAAGUACUUCGCCGGCGACGCCUUCGGCUUCGUCGACAUUGCGCUCGUCCCCUUCGUGUCCUGGUUCUACAGCUACGAGACCUGCGCCGGCUUCAGCAUAGAGGACCUAGCGCCAAGCGGUGCAUGGAGCGCGAGAGCGUGGCCAAGCCACUGUCCGACCCCCACAAGGUCUACAAGUUCGUAG